GAAAACUGCCGAUGAAAUUUAGAACGACUUUGUUUAGUAUUAUCCAUCUAUCUAGACAAUUAUUUCAGGGUAGUACCCAAUUUUAAUAAAGAUUCUAUCAAAUGAAGAGUUUUUCGUGUCUUUUAUCACCUAAACUUAAUUAGCAUUAGUAUUUAGCUCAAAUCAAUAAAAAAAGAUUCCUCAUAUAUGCAGAAGCUCUUGAAGUCGAUUCAAAUCUCGUUUAAACCGACUUAAAUGGCUUCCAGAUAAUUAGCUUAAAGCUAAUACAAAAACACUUUUACAGUAAUUACUUUAGCUUCUCAGUAUCAAGUGUGUAAUUGUUGAUAUGGGAAGUAAAGAGUCAUCACAUAGUUUAAAUUUUUACUCGACAAAGAAGCGACUCACUAGAAUUCAGGAAAUAUUUUACCUUCUAGAUUAGAAUGGAAAGUGAGUUGGAAAACUUACCAGAGCCUGGGUCCAGAUAUACCUUAGGUGAAAUUAUUGGAAAUGGAGCCUUUGGAACAGUAUAUAACGCUAUUGAUAAUCAAACCUCAAAUAAAAUAAAUGUGGCAAUAAAAAUACAAACUUACAACGAAGAAAAUAAACCUUAUGUUGAUGAAGAAUACGCUAUUCUCAAAGAAUUGAGCAGUUGCAUAUAUUUGGUUACUUUUUAUGGAAUAUUCAAACGAGGUGGUGAAAUUUGGAUUGUUUUGGAGAACUGUAAAGGAUGUACGGCAUUAGAUUUGGUCACUGGACUUUUGAACCAAAAUAGAAGAAUUUCAGAAGAACACAUGGGAUAUAUCCUAAAGGAAGUUGUCAAGGGUAUAGUAUAUCUACACGAAAGCAACGUCAUUCAUAGAGACGUAAAAGGUAGCAAUAUUUUGCUGACUAAAGAAGGUGAAGUAAAAUUAUGCGAUUUUGGUUUGGGUAAAAAACUAACUCAAAAUGAUGAUAAACUCUAUGACUGUGUUGGAUCGUCAUGUUGGAUGGCACCUGAACUCGUUACAGCAAAUAAAGAAGAUUCCGAAAAAGGAUUCUAUGACAACAGAGUUGAUGUUUGGGCUUUGGGUAUAACGGCCAUUGAAUUGGCUGAAGGUGCAGCUCCUUUUCGAAAUAUGCAACCCUGUCGUGUAUUGUUCGAAAUUGUCAAGAAUCCUCCACCCGCAUUGGAAAAAAUUUCGAACUGGACUGAAAAUUUUCAUGACUUUAUUAGUGAAUGUUUGGUGCAGUAUUUUGAGCAUAGACCUUAUAUUGUGGAAAUAAUUCAGCAUCCCUUCUUAGAAGUCAUCCCCGAAAAUAACUAUCAUUUAAGUUUGGAAAUCAAAACUCUUAUAGUCGAAGCUGCUAAAGUCCCAUUGAAAGUGAAACCUACUGAAACGGUAAUAAUAGAAACAUGUUUUAAAAGCUCUGCAGAUAAAAAGCUGAAAAAGAUAGUGGAAGAGGAUUUAGCGAACCUAGACCGCAUUAGCGAGGAAACCGUGUUAAGUGUGAUAGAAGAACGUUUCCAAGACAGACAGUUUUAUACAUUCGUUGGAGAAAUUUUAGUUGCCGUAAAUCCAAACGAGCCUUUGGAUAUAUUUGGGAAAAAGUUUCAUGAACUUUACUUUCAAAAAUCGCGAUCCAAUAAUCUUCCGCACAUUUAUUCUGUAGCUGAUACUGCAUACCAAAAUGCAAUGCAUCACAAAAUUCCUCAGCAACUCAUUCUCACAGGGGAAUCGGCAUCUGGAAAAACGAGUAAUUAUCUACAUCUAAUAGAUCAUUUAUUUUUUAUUGGUGAGCAGCACCCUGUAAACGUGUCUAGAAUUCGUAAUGGUAUAAACCUCAUUCAUGCAUUAACUCAUGCAAACACGUCUACAAAUGUCUAUUCUACAAGAUGCAUUUUCAAAACUAAUAUUUCUUUUGGCCAAAGUGGGAAAAUAAGUGCAGCAACAUUCAAAACUUGGUGUCUUGAGAAAUCGAUUAUAUCCUCUGUAGACAUGAAUCAGAGCACAUUUCAUGUUUUUUAUUACAUUUAUGAUGGCCUAGUUCAUAGUGAUGCUACAGGAAAAUAUAAGCUACACUCAGAACGGAAUUAUAGAUAUAUGCGGAUACCUGAUCAUCAUGUAAAAUCUAAAGAGAACCCUAGAGAUAAUAUUGAACAGAAUGUUAUUAAUUAUAAAAAAAUAUUCAGCUGCCUCGAGGAAUUUGAAUUUUCAGAGGAGCAAAUUGUAACGUUCUUUUCAGUGAUCGCUGCUAUUUUAAAUUUGGGUGAAAUACGAUUUAGUGAAAGCACGGAAAUGAGCAGUUCUAAGUUACAGGAGAACGAAUUCGUAACGAAUUUCUGUGAUUUAAUGGAAAUAGAUAAAACCAGAUUUUGUUGGGCUUUAACAAAUUAUUGCAUUUUCAAAAAAGGGAACGUGGUGAAGAUGAAAAAUACAUGUGACGAAGGUAGGAAUUCACGAGAUGUCUUAGCUAACAAUCUGUAUAGUCGUUUCGUGGACUAUGUUGUGGGCGCUAUUAACGACAAGUUAGAAAUCGGAAAGGCCAUCUUUGGAAACAAGUAUGCGAUAAAUCUUCUGGAUAUCUUUGGUUUCGAAUGCUUUAAAGAGAAUCACUUGCCACAGUUUCUUGUGAACUGCUUAAACGAACAGUUUCAAUACCAUUACAUACAAAAAGUGUUCCGCGCAGAAACGCAAGAUUUGGUUUCUGAAGAUAUCGAGUUUGAAACCCAGACUUUCUUUGAUAAUAAAACAACACUGAAUCAUUUGCUCAGUAAACCAGAUGGCGUUUUAAGUAUCAUAGAUGAAGCUUCCAAAAAAAAUUUAAGUGGACAUUAUAUCAUGGAUAACUUACAACGUCUGGAAACAAAUAGGAUUGUGGUGAAGAGUUAUAUGGAAUUUGCAGUUGCACAUUUUACAGGACGAGUGUCUUACAAUUCAAGGGAAAUGUCGGACAAAAAUAGAGAUUUUCUUCCAGCAGAAGUAAUUGAAACAUUGAGAGAAUCGGAAAAUCCGAUUAUUAGAUCUCUAUUUCUAAAUAAAUUGGACAAAACUGGUUGCUUAGUUCUGAACUUCGACCGCACUAGAAGAAAUAAGAGAACGGCCCAAAAUAAAAACAACGCCGGUGUAAAUCAGUUUUCCCAAAUUCGUAACUUACGGACCUCAGGGAGCAUAUUCAGAAGUGUUUGUUUGGAACUGAUGAGAGAACUUUCAAUUGGUGGUAAUUCUGGAGGAACGCACUUUAUAAGGUGUAUCAGAUCCGAUCUCAAAGCAAAACCACAUAGCUUUAAUAGGGAAUUAGUAAAACAGCAAAUUAGGUCCCUGGCCCUUACUGAAACUGCCUUAAUUCGACAAAAGGGCUUUCCACACAGAGUGUCAUUUUCAGAAUUUUUACAAAGAUACAAGUUUUUGGCAUUUGACUAUGACGAAAAUGUGGAAAUUACUAGAGAGAACUGCCGUCUGUUAUUAAUUCGGCUGAAAAUGGAAGGUUGGGUUGUUGGAAAAUCCCAAGUUUUUCUUAAAUAUUAUAAUGAAGAGUAUUUAUCGAGAUUGUAUGAGACGCAAGUAAGAAAAAUAAUAAAAAUCCAAAGUAUUAUGAGAGGAUUUCUUGCCAAAUGUAAACUUAACAAGCAAAACAAAGAUCAAGAGAGAAGUUGCAUUCAAGAAAUUGGCAAGCGCCGAAGAAGCAGUGUUUUAACUGAAAAUGAAGCUGCGGAGAUCAUACAAAAAGCUUAUAGAAAAUCGGUUAUACGACAUAAGACUCUAUCAGAUAUUUAUGCGUCCCUAAGUGACGAAGAACGAAAUCUAAUUUCGCCCUUUGCUAAAAAAUGGAAAAUGUCAAGUUUAUUUUAUAUUCUGAUCAAAUAUCGAACCGCAAAACUUUACGACUUCUUCAAUUUAUCUCAACAGGUACACUUUUACAAUCAAAAUGCCUUCUUCGAGAUAAAAAAAAACUGCAAACCUGUGAAAUUAAAACUAAUUGAUAAAGACGCAAAGGAAAGUUCCUGGUUUCAGGACAUCAACCCAGUAGCACUUAAAAUGAACUUUUGUUUAGCAGAAAUUCCCUUUAUUGAUACAUCAGUAAUGUGUGAUUCAUUCACUACUAUCAGAUCUGGGUUACCCGAAGAUUGCUGGGAUAGUCCAUACCGAUUUCAAACUGAUCGGCAUAACUUCAAAACCGAAGCAAGCAAAGAUUUGGAAUACGAAAACGGCAUUCUAUCAAUGCCAUACAAUCGAGAUCCUAACAUACCCUUGACAAUAUUGGCAAGCACUACUGAUAAAGACGACCGUAUAGAGAAUUCCGCCAAUAAUAAGAAGGUAGUGAGUCCAUGCUACAUAAAGAAAAAUUAUCAGUCUAGAUAUAGUGACAAACGUGAGAACAACGAGGAAGUAAAAAGCAACGAUUCGAGAUAUGAACCUCAAAUGCAUGCGCCUAUAAAAUUCAGGCAAACUGAAUUCAAGCAUAGGAACGAUCAAGUGGAAAAUGAUCGUAACUCAACAUCAGGAAACAAGGAUUUUGGCUUGUUAAAAUCCAGUAAUCGUUCAGCUGCAUCUAGAAAUUUCGAUCCCAUAGCAGAACUUAGGACAAUAACUCGAAGAGGCAGUAACGAAGACGAUCCACCAUUCAACUUCCAAGGUAUGCUUCGCAAAACAAAUUUCCAAAGAAAUUCUAUGAAGAAAGCGUCAGGCUCUCGCCGAGAAUCCCUAAGAACUGCUUUGGAAACCGUACGGAAAUUCUCGUUGCCUAAAGACAAAGACGAGCCUACCCAGAAAACUGAAAUGAAUGAGAAAAAAUCGAAAGUUCUAAAUGGUAGACCUGUUUAUAUGGAAUUGGAAGAUGGCUUAAUUUUAGAGGGAGUUCAGGUGGACCUAUAAAUCAUACCGGAAUAUUUCGACAUAGACAAUAUUUACUAGUUUAGAUUUAUAAGUUGCCAUAAUUCACUGAGUUAUGAUGACAUUUUAACUAUAAAUUAAGAAAAAUAUUCAAAUAUCCAAGACCACGCCUUCAGAAUUGUCAAGCAAUAAGAAAUGUUUCUUCUUAAUAAUUUUCUUCUAAAACAUUUUUUCGUUUAUUUUUUAUCAGCUGAAUAAUUCGAUGUGAGCGAAUUAUUAGAUUUUCAAAGUGAAUAAAUGCACAGGAAUUUUCAAUACCGUUCUGUUAUAGGUAGUCAAUAUCAGUCGAUGUGUUAUACCUCAAUACUUUAUUGCUUGAAAUUUUAUAUACUUUAUAUAUGAAUAUUAAUCUAUACCAUUAAUUGUUAUUUGUUAUAAGUCAAACUAACUUUAAUAAAACCAUGAGGAUUCAUCGGGAUAUGUUAUUCACACUUUGUUAUCAGCUAUAAAUUAUUCUGUUCUAUAGUAAUUCUUAAGCUAAACAACUUACAUAUUUUGCAAUUGUGUUUACUACGAAUUAUAGAUUAUUUAAAAAAAUUGA